CUGCGGGGUGCGCGGCCGGCGCUGAGCGGGGGAAGCGGCGCGGUGACAUUUCCUGCCGGGCCGCCCCCGGAGCCGCUGCCCGAGCGGGGCCCAGGAUGGCAGCGCUGGGAGAACCAAGUCAGUUUUCACAAACACUGAACGGAGUCCCUCCCUCAAACCAAGUCAGCAGUGGAAUGGACCCCUUCCAUGCCUGUAGUAUUCUCCAACAGCUGAAGACCAUGUAUGAUGAAGGACAGCUGACAGACAUUGUGGUGGAAGUGGAUCAUGGGAAAACAUUCUCCUGUCAUAGGAAUGUUCUUGCUGCAAUCAGUCCUUAUUUCAGAUCGAUGUUCACGAGCGGCCUUACCGAGAGCACGCAGAAGGAAGUUCGGAUCGUUGGUGUCGAGGCAGAGUCGAUGCAUUUAGUGUUGAACUAUGCAUAUACCUCCAGAGUAGUGCUGACAGAGGCCAACGUUCAAGCUUUGUUCACUGCAGCCAGUAUCUUCCAGAUCCCUUCCAUCCAAGACCAGUGUGCUAAAUACAUGAUCAGUCACUUGGACCCACAGAACUCCAUUGGGGUGUUCAUCUUUGCUGAUCACUAUGGUCAUCAGGAACUCAAGGACAGGUCGCAAGACUACAUUCGCAAGAAGUUCCUGAGUGUCACCAAAGAGCAAGAGUUUCUUCAGUUGAGAAAAGACCAACUGAUAAGUAUCCUCAACAGUGAUGAUUUAAAUGUAGAUAAGGAAGAACAUGUUUAUGAGAGCAUUAUAAGGUGGUUUGAGCACGAACAGAAUAAGAGAGAAGUGCACCUUCCAGAAAUAUUUGCCAAAUGCAUCCGUAUGCCUCUGUUGGACGAGACCUUUUUAGAGAAAAUCCCUCCCGUGUUUGCACAGGCGAUGGCCAAAAGCUGUGUACAAAAGGGACAACCCAGUGCCAACGGCUACACGCAGCGGCUCGGGAUGACCGCUUCCGAAAUGAUCAUCUGCUUCGAUGCUGCCCACAAACACUCAGGAAAGAAGCAAACAGUGCCUUGUUUAGAUUCGGUCACAGGGAGAGUGUUCAAACUAUGCAAGCCACCCAAUGACUUGAGGGAGGUGGGAAUUCUGGUGUCUCCUGACAACGACAUUUACAUUGCGGGCGGGUACAGGCCCAGCAGCAGCGAGGUCUCCAUCGACCACCGGGCCGAGAGUGACUUUUGGAUGUACGAUCACUCUGGCAAUAGGUGGAUUCCCAAGGCUCCCCUGCUGCGGGCCAGGAUAGGCUGCAAGCUGGUUCACUGCUGUGGGAAGCUCUACGCCAUCGGGGGCAGAGUGUACGAAGGAGAUGGGAGGAACUCCCUCAAGUCUGUGGAGUGCUACGACAGCCGGGAGAACUGCUGGACAGCUGUGUGCCCCAUGCCCGUGGCCAUGGAGUUCCACAGCGCUGUGGAGUACAAGGAUAACAUCUAUGUUUUACAGGGGGAGUUCUUCCUUUGCUAUGACCCUCAGAAGGAUUACUGGGGAUUCCUGACCCCGAUGACUGUGCCUAGAAUCCAAGGCUUGGCCACAGUGUACAACGACUCCAUCUAUUACAUCGCGGGCACCUGCGGCAACCACCAGCGCAUGUUCACCGUCGAGGCCUACGACAUCGAGCAGAACAAGUGGACUCGAAAGAAAGACUUCCCCUGUGACCAGUCCAUCAAUCCAUACAUCAAACUGGUUCUCCUCAAAAACAAACUCCAUCUCUUUGUCAGAGCUACUCAAGUCACUGUUGAAGAGCACGUUUUCAGAACCAGCAGGAAGAAUUCUCUCUACCAGUACGAUGAGGUCACUGACCAGUGGCAGAAAGUCUACGAGACUCCAGACAGGCUCUGGGAUUUAGGCCGGCAUUUUGAAUGUGUUGUUGCUAAAUUGUAUCCGCAGUGUCUUCAGAAAGUUAUUUAAAUUUUUUUUUUUUUUGGUUUUUUUUUUUUCAGUAACAGGCCUUAGUGAUUUCAGUGGUAAUUUGAUGCUAGAGAAAACAUGUCUUAAAAGAAAACAAAGAAAUUCUGUCAGUAUUUAUUGUAAGAUGAAACAGACAGUUUUUUGUAUAUGGGGAUGGGUGCUCUUUAAAGGUUGCAGUCCGGGGAGGGACUUGUUGGUUCAGUUUCAUAUUCACUGAUAUUUUCCUGGGAAAUGAGAAGGAGGUUACAAAGUGCAAUUAUCAGCAUUUUUUUUCUGGUAUACACUUAAUCAUGUCAUACUAAAGGGUUUGUUUUGUGGUAAAAGCAAAUUAAGUGGAAGAGCCAGGAUAACUAUGCACUACAGUGAAAGAAAAUCUAGCAUUAAUAGUUAAGGAUGUCCAAGAUGUGUUGAAGUGACUUUUCUUCUUUUUCUCUUUUUUUUUAAUACGGGUAAAAUUUGAGGCAAUAUCACUAAGUUUUGUUGCUUUUUUUUUUUUAAUUUAGAUUGAAAGUACAUAGAGAGGAAUGGUAGAUCCUGAUUCAUAAUGAUCUCUUCUUUUUGUACUGUUUUUGAAGUCUGCUAAGAUGUUUGUGAUGUUAUUUGUGCACUGCAAUUUGGGAGAAAAACUCAAGUCAGAAUUGGAUUGUGGAGUACCUUGCCCCGGAUGGAGGCCUGUUCAUAUUGUUGUACCAGUUCCUGUCUGUGGAUUUUUGUUGAGAUUGAGCUUAAUGAUAGUGGGGAAAAUACCCCAAAACCUGUUUUUUGCCACAUAGGUGUAGUGCUGUAAAAACUUUUUUUUUUUUUUUAACACUGAUUAAAACUUUUUUUUCACCCCGUAAAGGGCUUUAACCCAAAAGUUGAUGGUGCUAGUACAUUUUUAAUACUUGUUUGUCUGAACUGGGCCAGCCUUCUGCUACUGUUUAAGACAGCCUGUUAUUUUCCAUGGAGUGUGUGUCUGUCUCCAGGCCCUGUCCUGUCAUCAGAUUCUUUUCUAACAUAACAUUUUUACUGCAGUGGUGUUCUUGCACAGAAUGGUGACAGGAUAUGGCCUUAAUAAUACUGAUUCUCUUUCAUGUUUUCUCUUUGUGUGGAGUGUUCAUUCUGUCUCCACUACAGUACAGUGCUAUGUGCAGAGUUGGCAUGUGCUCUGGUGAUUUGGAAAAGUGUGGUUUAACUUUGCAAGUUGUUUUUCUUUUCUCUUUGCAGUCAAGCCCCCAACUAUCUUCUAUUUCCUUCUGAUCUAUAAUGUGAAAAGUUGCACUACUGAGCUGUCAGCAUUAUCCAGUGUAUUAAAGCAAAAUUGACAAUAAGCAUCCAUGGCUUAAAUGAUCUUAGGGGAAAUACAGAAUAAGGAAUAUAUUGCAACACUUGUCUUUAUGUAUUUAACAUUUAACUUAUUUUUAAAAAGUAAAUAACUUUGACCUUCAGCCUCUACUUCAGUAGUGAAAAUUGGAUUUAAAAGGGAAAAGAGGACUCGUAAAACUUGCAUCAGCUGUGAUUUACCAGGUUUCUUACAGCUCUACUUUUUGCAGAGCUUUAAGUUAUCUUACUCUUUGCUGUUUUUUCCUGUUGACCUAAGUAAACCAGUUAACUUGACAUGGCACUGGCCAUCACUGCCUGAAAGUGCUUACCAUUAGCUGGCUUAGCAGCUGAUAUUUCAGUCAGCCAAAUAUUUAGCUCAUUGUUUAUCCCCCUGGCAUGGCUGAGGAUUUGGAUAAUGUUUGUUUACUACGUGGUCUUCCUGUUCCCAAAUGGAAUCUUCCUAACACAUGAAAAUACUCGCCUGGUUCUAUUUAUUAAUUCUUGCACAAAAUGCUUGAGAGGCAAAAGCAAACAAAAAACUGUGAAAUGAAAAGCAAAAUAAAAAUGCCUCUUUGCAUUACAUACCUCAUCUUCCAGAGACUCACCAAACUCUUCUUCCAAUGCGAGCACCUGCAUUUUGGUUUUUUUCCUGAAUUUGGCAAUUCUUGCUAAGACUGCAUUUUCCAACAGUGUUGAGGUGUAUUGUUUCUUUGUGUAGUUUUCCUCUGGAUAGUUUUAUCUAUAUGCAUAGCCAGGAAUAAGGGGUUUUCUGAAAAAUACAGCUAAUUUAAUGUUUAACUAAUGAUCCUUAGUCCUUGGCUAGCUCUCUUUGCGCUGUUGUAGGCUCUAGCUGCAAGCUUUCUGAAGCACCCUCCCUAACAGUGUUGCAUUUGU